UCACCGAAGGCGCAACAGCUCCGAUUUUGAACUUCCCAUCGGCCCUAAAGUUGAAAAUUCUUCCAAAAAUUAAACACUUAUCCGCCAAUGUAUGUGAAGUGAAUUUCGGUUUUUAACAUUCGGCAUUGGUUGUGUGGCUCUUUUUUCUAAGUUUUCUGAAUAUUUUUCGAAAGUCUCAAGGAUUAAUUUAUAAUGGAUUGGUUCGAUUACAUGAUUUGAGCUUGGUAUUUGUUAGAUUUCUAAGUGCGGCGGCGGGAACUGCACGUUUUGGGUCAAGGACACGUCGGGUUAUUUAGUCGCAGAUGUCACCAACCGGACAUAUAUCCAAAUCAAAGACGCCCACGCCACACGAUAACGAUAACAAUAGCAUCAGCGACGAGCGCGAAACAUGGAGCGGCAAAGUGGAUUUUUUAUUAUCGGUUAUUGGAUUCGCCGUCGAUUUAGCAAACGUCUGGAGAUUUCCCUAUUUGUGCUACAAAAAUGGCGGUGGCGCUUUUCUUGUUCCCUACGGCAUUAUGUUGGUGGUCGGUGGUAUUCCUCUGUUCUACAUGGAGUUGGCCCUGGGUCAGCACAAUCGUAAGGGGGCCAUCACCUGCUGGGGUCGCUUAGUGCCACUCUUCAAAGGAAUUGGCUAUGCCGUAGUGCUGAUUGCCUUCUAUGUGGACUUUUACUACAAUGUGAUUAUUGCCUGGUCGUUGCGUUUCUUUUUUGCAUCAUUCACCAGCACAUUGCCUUGGACGUCUUGUAAUAAUGUUUGGAAUACCCCGAAUUGCAGACCGUUCGAGAGCCAAAAUGCUUCUCGUGUUCCUCUAAUAGGUAAUUACAGUGACUAUUAUGUCCUGGGAAAUCAAAGCCUGCUCUAUAAUGAGUCUUAUGUAAAUGGUUCGUUGACGAGUUUGGAGGCGCCUUCGGGUGUUCAUAUAGAGGGUUUUCAGUCCGCUGCCUCAGAGUAUUUUAAUCGCUACAUUUUGGAGCUGAACCACAGCGAGGGAAUCCACGAUUUGGGCGCUAUAAAAUGGGAUAUGGCGCUGUGCCUUCUGAUUGUCUAUUUAAUCUGUUAUUUCUCUCUGUGGAAGGGUAUAAGUACUUCCGGAAAGGUUGUGUGGUUCACGGCUCUGUUUCCCUAUGCCGUGCUAUUAAUUCUACUCAUCAGGGGUCUCACUUUACCCGGAUCUUUUCUGGGAAUUCAGUACUAUCUCACGCCAAACUUUGAUGCCAUCUAUAAGGCGGAGGUUUGGGUGGAUGCUGCCACCCAGGUGUUUUUCUCUUUGGGUCCUGGAUUCGGAGUGCUACUUGCCUAUGCAUCCUAUAAUAAAUAUCACAAUAAUGUGUACAAGGAUGCUUUAUUGACCAGCUUUAUCAAUUCGGCCACCAGUUUUGUAGCUGGCUUUGUGAUAUUUUCCGUGCUGGGUUACAUGGCCCAUACUUUGGGUGUUAGAAUCGAAGAUGUGGCCACUGAAGGACCUGGUUUGGUUUUUGUGGUCUAUCCAGCUGCCAUUGCCACCAUGCCAGCCAGCACUUUUUGGGCUUUGAUAUUCUUUAUGAUGCUGCUGACUUUGGGUUUGGAUAGUUCGUUUGGUGGCUCUGAGGCUAUAAUCACCGCUUUGAGCGACGAGUUUCCCAAGAUCAAGAAGAACCGGGAGCUGUUCGUUGCUGGUCUGUUUUCACUGUACUUUGUGGUUGGCCUGGCCAGUUGCACCCAAGGUGGCUUCUACUUCUUCCACCUCCUGGAUCGCUAUGCCGCUGGCUACUCCAUUCUGGUGGCCGUCUUCUUCGAGGCGAUUGCAGUUUCUUGGAUCUAUGGAACCAACAGAUUCAGCGAGGACAUCAGGGACAUGAUUGGUUUUCCUCCAGGAAUAUAUUGGCAGGUGUGCUGGCGCUUUGUGGCCCCGAUUUUCCUGCUCUUCAUCACUGUUUAUGGCUUAAUCGGGUAUGAACCUUUGACCUACGGGGAUUACGUGUAUCCCAGUUGGGCAAAUGCUUUGGGAUGGUGCAUAGCUGGUUCAUCGGUGGUGAUGAUUCCGGCGAUAGCGAUUUUCAAACUGCUUUCCACGCCGGGAAGUCUGCGGCAGAGGCUCACCAUUUUGACCACACCCUGGCGGGAUCAGCAAUCGAUGGCCAUGGUGCUGAACGGGGUCACCACCGAGGUCACCGUGGUGCGAUUAACCGACACGGAGACCGCCAAGGAACCCGUCGAUGUCUGAGUUCGACCAGUGGCUCGUUUUCAAAUUUACUACGUUUAGAUUUGGAAAUUUACCAACAACUCACGUUCACGUACUUGCCGCAUUGCUGAGAAGUUUGUGUUUUUGUUUGACAUUAGGAGCAGCGGGUCCUGAAGGAUCCGCGAAUUUCGCAAACAACGUACUUAGGUUUCGGCACCGAAGGAUAAAGAAAUACCAACAAGCAAAUGCAGCUUCAAAACAUAAGUCCUAAGUUAAGAUUAGCCUGUAGUUUGUAUGGUUAAUGCCAGUUAUAGCAUACACGUAUAUACAAUGCUGUGUAGAUAAUACCGAAUCCGAAAGUACGAAUUACUCGUACUCGUCAGUUAGUCCACCAAAAUCGUUGAAAGACAGUUUGCAUGUGCCAAUGGAAUUAACGACACGAUCGUGGCUCAAAUCGGGCAUUGAAUCUGUACAUACACAAAUCGAUGAUGUAAAAGCUUUAAACACGUUGUAGGCUAUCUUAUGGAACUGAAGCAAAAGCUGCCACAGUUGUAGCACAAAAUCCCCUCAAACAGCCAUGAGGGGAUUUUGUCGUAUCCAAAGGUUUGUUCUAGGCUAAUUUCCCCCGUCCAAAAAACUACGAUUGUUUGCCUAAAGCAGCCAUUUUAGGCAACCAAUUGGGAGUUAUGAAAGCAUUCCCAAUUCUAAGAUAGUUUAUGUAUAUAGAUUUAUGAUGUGUUAAAUGGUUUUUAGAUUUCUUUCACGCUGAAGCAGAACUAACAGCCAUGAGUUCUGUUUCAAUUUGUUGAAAUAAAUUAUUAUACUUUUAGUUA